AAACUAUUUUGAUAGGACAUCCGGUUUUCAUUGGAUACAUUUACAUUCUGAAUCCAAAUACUGUAUAAAGAAAUCGAGAAGACCACGAUUUUGCAUCACCUAAAUUUGGCGACGCACUGAAAGAGUCAGCAAGGCGUCAAAACGUGGGUAGUGCAGCGGUGCUCGGGCCUGGCUUCCGGACGUUCUCUCGUCUCUUCCGGUUCCCACUACGCGGGGCGCGGGCAGCCCAGCCUCCCGGCAUUCCCUGCGACGGCCUCAGGUGCGUGCGAAAGACACCGCCCCCGUCGGGCGCGCGUGCGCACACGCAGGCACUUCAAGACACUGACACACACGCGGGGACCCAGUGCACAGGACCCUGCUCUCACGCUCUCAGCCUGCGGAUACACUCGGCAUCUCUGGUCCCCUACCUUGGCGACCCGGGGAUCCGUGGCGAACAGGCGGAGGGCGGGACGAGGCAGGGCCCGGGGAGAGCUCGAGAAGGAGGGCGGGGCCCGCAGCGCUGGCGGGCGGGCCGCGUCGUUAGGGCCGGGCCCACGGGCGGCGGCGGUGGCGCUGGAGUUGGCUGAGGCGGGGGUGCAGGCGCCAUGGAGGCCGAGUCGGGGCCGGAGAACCCUCCCGAGGAGGGCGCGCGGGCCCUGGCUGAGUUCGCGGCGCUGCACGGCCCCGCGCUGCGCGCCUCGAGGGUCCCCGAGCGGUACUGGGGCCGCCUCCUGCACAAGCUGGAGCACGAGGUUUUUGACGCUGGGGAAGUGUUUGGGAUAAUGCAAGUGGAGGAGGUGGGCGAGGAGGAGGAGGCGCAGAAGAAGCAACCCAACCCAGGCAGCGAGCUGUGCUACAAGGUCAUUGUGACCAGGGAGAGUGGGCUCCAAGCAGCCGACCCCAACAGCAUCUUCCUCAUUGACCACGCAUGGACGUGUCGCGUGGAGCAUGCCCGCCAGCAGCUGCAGCAGGUGCCAGGGCUGCUGCACCGCAUGGCCAACCUGAUGGGCGUGGAGUUCCAUGGAGAGCUGCCAAGUGCGGAUGCUGUGGCCCUGGUUCUGGAGGAGAUGUGGAAGUUCAACCAGACCUACCAGCUGUCCCAGGGGACUGCCGAGGAGAAAGUGCCAGUCUGGUACAUCAUGGACGAAUUCGGCUCAAGAAUCCAGCACGCGGACGUGCCCAGCUUUGCCACUGCACCCUUCUUCUACAUGCCCCAACAGAUGGCCUACACGAUGCUGUGGCCUCUCCGGGACCUGGACACAGGUGAGGAGGUGACCCGGGACUUUGCCUACGGAGAGGCAGAUCCCCUGCUCCGGAGAUGCCUGCUGCUGCCCUGGGCCCCUGCCGACUUGCAGGACCUCAGCCCCGCCACACCCGAGCCGCCUGCUGAGUACUACCAGGCCAUUUUGGAGGAGAACAAGGAGCAGCUGCCACUUGGCAUCAGUCCAGUGGUACAUCCCUCUGACCACAUCUUCAGGGUCUACACAGACAUGCAGCAGGUGCUCAAGGGCCUGACUCACCCACGUUUCACCUUCACCCAGAGUGAGGCAGAUGCCGACAUCCUCUUCAGCUUCUCCCACUUCAAAGACUACAGGAGACUCAGCCAGGAGAGGCCAGGCGUGCUAUUGAAUCAGUUCCCCUGUGAAAGUCUGCUGACCGUGAAGGACUGCCUGGCCUCCAUCUCGCGCAGGGCUGGGGGCCCUGAGGGCCCCCACUGGCUGCCCCGAACCUUCAAUCUGCGUACCGAGCUGCCCCAGUUCAUCAGCUACUUCCAGCAACGGGAGCAGAGGGGUGAGGACAACCACUGGAUCUGCAAGCCUUGGAACCUGGCCCGCAGCCUGGACACCCACGUCACCAAGAGCCUCCACAGCAUCAUCCGGCACCGAGAGAGCACCCCCAAGGUUGUGUCCAAGUACAUUGAAAGUCCCGUCUUGUUCCUUCGAGAUGACGUGGGCAAGGUCAAGUUCGACAUCCGCUACAUCGUGCUGUUGCGGCCCUUCGAACUCAACGACCUGGAUGACUACGAGAAGCAUUUCACAGUCAUGAACUACAACCCAGAUGUGGUGCUUAAGCAGGUGCACCAUGAUGAGUUCAUCCCAGAGUUUGAGAAGCAAUAUCCAGAAUUUCCCUGGAAGGACAUCCAGGCAGAGAUCUUCCAGGCCUUCACAGAGCUGUUCCAGGUAGCCUGUGCCAAGCCACCACCCCAGGGCCUGUGUGACUACCCCUCCUCCCGGGCCAUGUAUGCUGUCGACCUCAUGCUGAAGUGGAACACUCGUCCAGAUGGGAAGCAAGUGAUGCAGCCGCAGAUCCUAGAGGUGAACUUCAACCCUGACUGCGAACGAGCCUGCCGGUACCACCCCACCUUCUUCAACGAUGUCUUCAGCACCCUGUUUCUGGACCAGCCCAGCAACUGCCAUGUCACUUGCCUCGUCUAGGCACUUGCCGUCCUUGUACCCUGUGCUGGAGGGUGCUUCCCAUCUCAGUUCUCUGAGCUGCCUCUGAAAGGCCCCACCCUCCCCCUCUUCCUCCCUCCGGCCCCAGCCCCAGCCCCUGCCCCUCUGUCCUCCUCAGCCAUGGUUCUGGCCUCACACUCUGAGAGUUCAGGGUCCUUCUCCUGCCCCUAGACCAGCGGUUCUCAACCCAUGGGUCACGACCCACAGGAACUGUAUUAAAGGGCCAUGGCAUUAGGAAGGUUGAGAACCACUGCCCUAGAGGGUCCAAGCAGGACAGACAGUGAUGAUGUCCCCAGGGCCAAGUGCUGACCCAGUCACAUCCCAUCACCACCAUCUGUUGCAUCUGCUCCUCUGCUAAGGCAUUUCCUCCUGGCAUCAGGAGAGAGUGUCUGGGCUGCCGUGUUUCCAGAGGAUUGUGGGAGGGUUCUGAGAGGCAAGCUGGAUUGUGCUGUUGGGGCCUGGGGAGGGGGUGCUUCAAUUCCAGAGUCUUCGGAUGUCAAAGCCUCACUCUGCCUAGAAGGCUUUGUGUCAGGUGCCCCAGAACAGCCUGGAGAAACCACUAGCCAAAGCCCUCUUAUCCUUCCCCAGCUGACCAGAACCGUCACCAGCAAACAUCCGGCUGAUUUCCAGGCAGGAGGGACAGCACAAUUUGUUAGCAUUUCUUUCCAUUCCCCAAGGGUCCCAGACCCAAAUAGGGACACUCUUGUCCUGUUAGAAUCCUCACCGGGCACUCUGCUGGGACCCUCUGGGGGUGGGGGUGUUGAGGCCAAGUGUGGGUAGCCAGAGGUUGAUUCCAAGGAGAACUUAAAGUCAGACGCCAGCUCCUACCAGGGUCCACAGUCAUACUGUUGGCUUUGUGUUGUUUUUAAUUUGUGGGAGGAAAAUGUAAAAUUCUAGUUUUUUCCUAAUUUUGUUUCUGAAAUUUGGAGUCACCUGCCAGUGUUUUUGUGUGGCCGCAGCACACCUGGGCCCCACUCAUGGGCAGGGGGUGGGCCUGACUCUUCAAGCAGUUGGAAACUCCUUUUAGGACCUUAUGGUUUGCAGGAAGGCAGGGCUGUGGAUAGUGGUGUUUCAUUUUUGAAGCUAAAAGUGAAUCUUUCUUGUAGCAAAACUGCACAUGGUUGUUUUGCCUGCCCCCUCAGUGUGUUUUUGGGUGGCCACCAUCCUCUGUUAAGGAGAGCCUCGCCCUCCCUAGUGGCAGCGGGCCCAGUCUGUUGUGCCCGGAGAGGGCAGGUACCUCGCCUCUGUUUCCCCCAGGAGGGCUGCUAUCCUGCAGUCCCUUCUCACUGGAUUUGUGCUGCAAUAAAAGACUCCUCUCAG